UGGUCCCCCCUCCAGCUCCGCCCCUGUUCAGCUCAGACCGGUUCUGCAGCAGGAAUGUGGUCCCUCCGGUUCUUCCGUCUGAGCUGAAACUCGAGUCACUCCCAGAUCUCCACGUGAUCUGUAGUCCAGUCAUACAGCCGCCCUGGAGCAAGGCAGCAGGAGGGCCAGACGGCACCAGAACCAAGCAGAACCGAAUUCCUCUCUAAAGAACACAUGAAACCGAAUCAGAACCGUCUCCACCCGCACUCCCCUCGCGCUUCUGCACCUGUCGGCCUCGCCCGCUGAUGACGUCACGGACCCGACCUUCAGGUUUGAAAGAGACGGAGAGGAAGGCAGGACGCUCUUCAUCUUCCUCAGCGACAGAAGCUGACUUCUAGCUUCGGUUCCGGUUCUGGUUCGACUGGUGUAUCUGGAGCUUGGAUCCAGUUUAAGUAGAAGGACCUCCAGCUGAUCUCAGGAUGAUGGCCGAGGCACCAGAACUGUUCUCGGAACAGGAGCUGACCUGCUCCAUCUGUCUGGACCUGUUCUCCGACCCGGUCUCCACUCCCUGUGGACACAACUUCUGCCAGGGCUGCAUCGGGGGGUACUGGGCGUCCAGUCCGGUCUGCACCUGUCCUCUCUGCAAGCGGGAGUUUGACGAGCGUCCUCAGCUCAGCAUCAACAAAGUCUUCGCCCUCAUCGCAGAUAAGUACAAACUGAUGCGUUACGGCGCCGCCGGCUUCACGCCGCAGACCGGGUUCCAGGCGGCGGACGCCGCGUCCACCAUGGGGGACGGCAGGAGUACCAACCCGUUCCUGACGGCGCCAGCGGUGGGGAAGACGGAGGGGGACGUGGUGUGGUGUGACGUGUGCACAGGUGUGAAGCAGCCCGCUGUCAGCUCCUGCCUCACCUGCACCGCCUCAUACUGCACUGAGCACGUGCAGCCGCAUCACACCACACCCUUCUACUCCAAACACCCGCUCAUGGACCCCCAGGAGGCCCUCAGGGGCCGCACCUGCUCCAUACACCACCGCCUGCUGGAGGUUUACUGCAGGACAUGUCAGCGCUGCAUCUGUGCCAUCUGUGUCCUGGAGGAACACCGUACCCAUAAAACUGUCUCCGUCCAGACCGAGAGACUCGGAAAACAGAAACAGGUGGCGAGGACGGAGCAGGAGAUCCUGAACCGGAUCAGGGAGAAGGAGGCCCAUGUGGGCAACCUGAAGAUGAAGCUGGACACCUUGAAGAACUACGCAGACCGGGAACAGGGCGAGGUGGAGCACCUGCUGGACACAGUGUCCGCCUCGUUGGACAGGAUCCGGUCUCAGGUGGUUGGUAGGAUCCAGAACCAGCUGGAUGCCGUGAUGUCAAAAGGGGGAGGGCUUGUGAACCGUCUGGAGGCGGAGCUUAGCCAGCUGAUGGACAGGAGGGCCACGCUAGAGGUCCAGGCCAGCAGUCAGGACCACAUCGCCUUCCUGCAGAGUUUCGAGGAGGCCACGGCUCCUCUGGAGGAGGAGCAGAAGGACGACGUGGACGAGGACUCGGAGUUCUCUCUUCACUUCCAGCUGGACGAGGUGAAGACCGGUCUGUCUGAGGUGAAGGAGAAGAUGGACAACAUCCAGAUGGGGGAGGUCCAAUCCAGAGGAUCCAGAGAUUCCAGAGGGUCCUUCUCGUCCGGCGACCUGAUGGCGGCUGAGAGCAUGGCCAGUCUGAGAGGAAGCACGGCCAACCUGAGGAAGAGCCAGUGGUCUCUGAGAGACAUGAAGAGGAUCAAACAGGUCUCAGGACACAAGAAGGCUCGGGUCUACAUGGAGGACGUGACGCUGAACCCGGUGACGGCGUACCCCUUCCUGAUCCUGUCCGAGGACCGGAAGCAGGUGAAGAGGGGGGAGAAGCUGCAGUUCUUCCGGAACAGCCAGCAAAGAUUCGACGUCUGGUCCUGCGUCCUCGCCAAGGAGGGGUUCAGCUCCGGACGCCACUACUGGGAGGUGUUUGUGGGGGAGAACAAGGACUGGAAGCUGGGCGUGGUGGGCGAGUCGGCCCAGAGGAAGGGCCUCUUCGACAUGAGUCCGUCCAAUGGGUACUACGCCAUCUGGUGGAGCGGCCAGCAGCUGCGAGCGCUCACCGCCCCUCCUCUGACCAAGGUGAAGGGUCACCAUCCCAAGCUGAGACAGGUGGGCAUCUUCUUGGACCUGGAGGAGGGACAGGUGUCCUUCUACAACGUCAAGUCAGGCUCAGAGAUUUAUAGCUUCAACGCCGCCUCGGAGUUCACGGAGAGGAUGAUUCCUCUACUGGGAACCGGAGACAAAGAGGUCCCACUGGUCCUCAGGACCACGCAGAACCAGCUGGUCUGAGGGGGUCCAGGUCUGGGACCAGAACCGGGAUCCUCCGUUUACAGAUCUUUGUUUUCUGAUGAUAAUCAUGUUUACUGUUGGAACUAAAUUUGUUGUUUUUGAGAAAAUUGUAUUAAAAUUAAAGCU